AUGGCUCCUACAAACCCCAACUACGCGAAGGAUCAGCCUGCAGGCUUCGUCAACCGCAUUGAGAAGGUCGCAAUAGUCGGUGCCACUGGCACAAUGGGCAAGUUCGUGACUGAAGAACUUCUGAAAGGCGGAAAACAUACUGUGACGGCUAUCACGCGCCACGACAGCAAGUCGAAGCUACCGGAAGGCGUCGUAGCGGCCAAGGUCAACUAUGACGAUGAGAUUUCAAUCGUCGAAGCCCUCAAGGGACAACAAUAUCUCAUAAUCACCUUGAACACCUUGGCUCCUCCAGAAACCCAACUUAGGCUUGUCAGAGCCGCGGCCAAGGCCGGCGUCCCCUACGUGAUGCCCAACGCGUGGUGUCCCGAUCCGAAAAACGAAGUUUAUCAGAGGGACAGCCUCCUCGGUCGCGCCUUCCAAGGUGCGAUCAAGGAAAUCGAGCAGCUCGGUGUGAGCAGCUGGAUCGUCAUGUCUCCGGGCUUUUGGUACGAGUACAGCCUGGGCCUGUCCUCUGACACGUAUGGUUUCGACAUGAAGAAGAAGUCGCUUAUUCUUUUCGAUGACGGCAAUGUCAAGAUCAACACUUCAACCUGGCCGCAGUGCGGACGCGGCCUUGCGUCGUUUCUCACUCUCAAGUGGCUGCCCGAGGACGAGAACGACAAGUCUCCCACGAUUCACAAGUGGGCCAACGAUGUUUUCUACAUUUCGAGCUUUUUGGUUUCGCAGAGGGACAUGUUCGAGAGUGUCAAGCGUGUUACAGGCACAGUGGAAAGUGACUGGACCAUCACCCAUGAAAACGCCCAGGAGCGGUGGAAGGCCGGUCACGAUGCGCUCAAGAAGGGGGAUCGAACUGGGUUUUCAAGACUUAUGUACAGUCGUCUUUUCUUUCCUUCGAACGAUGGUGACGUUGAGCACAAGUAUGGACUGGCGAAUGAUUUGCUCGGGUUGCCGAAAGAGGACAUUGAUGAGGCUAGCAAGGAGGGUGUACGAAUUUGUCUGUCUGGUCAGUAUGCCAAUUAUGGCAAAUCUUCUUAA